UGUUGUCGGUCGUGUUGGUACCAUCGAUGUAUUGCGCGGGAAACCAUGUUUCACUCUCUAGAGCCGGCGAUGGAGGACGGUUUUAACAGACCGGUGGAGUCGAUCAUGCAAUGUGAGGAUUUCAAGAGCAACUUCGCCAGGAAGCUCUCCAAUCGGUAUACCUCCAGAUCCGUGGCUAGACAAGAUUCGGUGUUUAAACUUCGACUGCCGGAAAAACAAGAGCUGCUUAAUAGCGUAACAGAAAUAAAAGAAACAGGCGCAAAGUUCUUGCGAAUAAUACCAUCGGAGAAACGAAUUGAUGAAGUUGUCAAACCUCUGGACAAAUCGCCAAAAAUCAAUCCCGACAUAAGAAGAACAGAAGUUAAUGUAUUGAACAUGGAGGUAGACACGCUUAGAUGGCAGCUUGCUCAGACCGAAGCAAACAGACAGAUGCAUAUUGCGUUACUUAAGCAAAUAGUGUCGUUUUUGAGCAGGGUGAAGGAACAUAUUGAAUAUCAACAAAAUGAGCCAGAAAUAAUAACUGAAAAGUUAUACCAAAAAUCUCUGAACAUAACAGACUUGCCUAGAUCUAGAUCUGUGUUCCAUGUCAAUAAAAAUAUGGAAUACUCUAUCAGUCCCACCAAGAAAAUAAGUACAAGGAAAAUAAGUAAAUCGAUUAGUAACGUUAAUGGGCAAAAAGAUUGCACCAGCAUCUGGAGUCAGUCCAAAAUUUCUUUAGUCUCCGAAAGUGAAACUGGUCAAAAAAUAGCCGAGGAGAUGUCGAGACUAAUAACUCUUGCCAACACGGUUCUUAGCACAAAACUACCUGAUCUCGCUUGUACGUGUAUCGAAAAAAACAAUGACAUUUUACAGUUAACCGACAAUAUUAGAAAAGAAAGUGUCAUUCAGAACGUGUCUUCUGGGUGUUUAAACUUGAUCGAGGAGGACACGGCUGACUCAAUCACUCUAGAAACUAACUGCAAAAGUGCUCACAAUGGCGGAACUAACGAAAUAAAAGAGACGAGCACUAGAAUCGUAAACGAAUUUAUAAUGUCGGAAUCAUCUCUUACUUGCAAAUUAGAAAACGAUUCCACCGGCAUAAAAGUAUUUGGUAAUGAACAAAAAAUUACACAAACGGGCCUAGAAUCCAUUGAAAAUGUAGUACAAACACCUGACAAAAGAAAUGAUUAUAGGGCGUCGUCGAAUUUUAUAGAAGACGAAAGUGGUUUCUCGUCAAUGAGUUCUUUUCAAGAGAUCGGACUGCCUAUCAUCAAUAUAAUACCACCGUCUCCUUGCAAAGAGGUCGACUUUUUAAAAGACAUAGCUGACAACAAAUGGAAGACCAAUUCCAUUGAACUUGAUAAGCAAAGUGUAAAAGUGUUUUGGGUGUAGUUUUUAAACAACGUAAAAAAUGCAGUUGUGCAACGUCUUGCAACAAUUAAUUAUUUGCUAAUUAUUGUAUUACGUGCAGAUGAUACUGUGUAUAAAAUACGUUUGAUAUGUUUAACAAGAAUACUAACAUGCCUUAAUUUUAAUUUAUACAA